UUUUAUUCUCCAUCUUCAAUCCAUAUAUAUCAUCUUUCCACAGCAUCACUUCAACAAAACCUCAACCAUUUCCGAAAAUGAGGUCCAAGACUAAGUACCCUGUUAACAACAAGUUUCUCCUUGUGAUUGGGGUUUUCUUCGCCUUCUUCCUCCUCUUUGUGUUGAGAUCCAGCUUCUCCUCCUCGAAGAACAUUUCAUCUCCGGUAACACAAGCAUUACCUAAAGUCUUGGCCACGAUAUCGGAUGCUGAUCCCACAAGUUGCUCGCCAACUUGCAGUAAAAUCCCACCUUCUGUGGCGAAAGCGCUUGUUCAUUACACAACCUCGACGAUCACUCCUCAACAAACACUCAAGGAAAUAUCGGUAACGUCAAGAAUUCUUGAGAAAAAGUCUCCCUGCAACUUUCUGGUUUUCGGGUUAGGCCAUGAUAGUCUUAUGUGGAGUACACUUAAUUUUGGUGGACGGACGAUUUUCUUGGAAGAAGAUGAGGCUUGGAUCGCGCAAAUUAAGCAGAGGUUUCCUACAUUAGAGUCGUACCAUGUAACGUACGAUAGCAAGGUUCAUCAAGCAGAUGGGCUAAUGGAAGUAGGCAAAGGGAAUGAGUGUACAGCAAUUGGCGAAACUAGGUACUCAAUGUGUCAACUUGCCUUGAAAGGCUUGCCUAAUGAGGUUUACGAUACCAAAUGGGACUUGAUAAUGGUUGAUGCGCCAACUGGCUACUACGAUGAGGCCCCGGGGAGGAUGAGUGCCAUAUACACAGCAGGAAUGAUAGCGCGGAACAGGGAAGAAGGAGCCGAGACUGAUGUAUUUGUGCAUGAUGUGAACAGAGUGGUAGAAGAUAAAUUCUCAAUGGCAUUUCUAUGUGAAGGGUAUAUGAAGAAACAAGAAGGAAGAUUGAGGCAUUUUAGGAUUCCAAGUCACAAAAAUGACAGGGACAGGCCUUUUUGCCCUUGACCAUUUCUCUGUUUACAUUCUUGAUCACUCAUUUUGCUGUUUGCAGUUGAUCUCCACAAAUAGGAAAGCUGGUAUUCUAAGGGAAGGAGAUUCAUUUUUUUAUGUGAAGAGGGGAAAUAAAGGGCUAAUUUGUUUACUGUUUCACCAAGACCAGAUGUAUAGAGAUUCAGAUAUGCAAGAAACAAGAAUGGUUGAGGCACUAGUAGCAGCUUCAGUUCAAUGUUGUUUUCAUUACACACAUUAUUCAUAUUUCUCAAUAAUGAAGUUAGUUGUUUUCA